CCUUCUUGUCUUGACAUAUUUUUUACGUUGAAAACAAUUUUGUUCGGAACCGCAGCCUAGGCCGGUUAUCUAGUUCAUCAUUAAUUUAUUAUCACGCUGCGUCUCUCUCCGGCUUUACGAUUUCAAAGAUCAAGUCAGUUAAUCCCUGAUUACUCACGUUCCGAACACCCAAUCUUCAAUCAAUUGCAGUAAUUUGGGUUUUGUUUCUCUCUAUUUCAUUCGAAGAAGAAGAAGGCAAGUAACUAAGCAAAGAAGAUGGGAGAAAGAAAGGUGUUAAACAAGUACUACCCCCCAGAUUUUGAUCCAUCGAAAUUACCCAGGAUCCGAAGACCCAAGAACCAGCAAAUCAAGGUCCGAAUGAUGCUUCCCAUGAGCAUUCGCUGCAAUACUUGUGGUAAUUACAUCUAUAAAGGCACCAAGUUUAAUUCUCGCAAAGAAGACGUAAUUGGCGAGACGUAUCUAGGAAUACAAAUAUUUAGAUUUUACUUCAAGUGUACCAAGUGUUCUGCCGAGAUAGCAAUGAAGACGGAUCCUCAAAACUCGGAUUAUACAGUUGAGAGUGGUGCCACGCGGAAUUUUGAACCUUGGCGUGCCGAGGACGAGGUGCUGGACGGUGAGAAGAAGAAGAGGGAUGCUGAAGAGAUGGGGGAUGCCAUGAAAUCAUUGGAGAAUAGAACUUUGGAUUCUAAAAGAGAGAUGGACAUUCUUGCUGCACUUGACGAAAUGAAGUCUAUGAAGUCCCGGCAUGCAACUGUCAGUGUAGAUGCAAUGCUCGAGGCUUUGCAGCACACUGCUUCUGAAAAGGAGAAGAAGUUGGAAGAAGAGGAUGAAGCUCUUAUAAAAUCAAUAUUCCAACAAAGCAAAAAGGAGGUUAUUAGAAGAAUUUCUGAUGAAGAUUCUGAUGAUGAUGAAGAGUUCAACAUGUCAAAUGACAAGCUCAAGAAGAGGAAAGUUGCUGAUGAAGUUUCAAGUAAACCAACAGAUUCAUUAACAAAAGCUAGUGUUUCAGAUAGCUCAAAUAACAAAGAAAAUUCAAGCGGUUCAGGGACUAAGAAUGAUAGUAAACCCAGUUUCGGAUCCCCGAUGAUCAGGAUAUCUGUGAUAAAGAAACCAGUUGCAUCUUCUGACAGUAAUAAGCCAGUGGAGAAUAAACAAGUGGAGGAGAGUAAAGGCAAUGAUACAAGCACUGGGCUACAAUCCCUAUUCCAGAACUAUGACAGUGAUGAUGAGGAUGAUUAGUAAAUGGUAUUGUUGUAUACCAACAUAGCUUCCUUACAUUGAUGAAGUUUUGGAAAUCUAUUUCACUCUCUUUCGCUCGAGGGGCAAUGGUUAUGGAAUAUUUUGUCGAGUAUAAGAAACUGUCACUUGAAAGCAUAUGCCAGGCCGUUAGAAAGCGAAGUUUUCCUAUGGCUCGGCUCUGGGUGUGCAAUGUUAGGCGUUCGCUCUUUGGAUUCUGCUCUGCAAACUAGAAGAGACAGGCUCUAUUUGAAUCAACUUGGAAUUACAGAUUCUGUUUGAUUUAAUGGUUCUGAUUUGCUUGAUGAA